CCGAAGUUGCAGUUAGAGAUAGCUCAUGGUCAUAGACAGACAGUAUCAUAGGCCGAAGCUUCAGUUGAAACAAAUCGUCAAGCAAUAGUUAAAAAUGGAGCGAAACUGAAACCAGAAAAGAAAGGUAGAUGGAAGAAAAAGAAACGUGCUUCGAAUGCCUUGAACGCCGAAUCAAGUCGGAUUGGUCCGAUCAGCUAGUGUUUUGCUAUGGCAUCUCGGAUUCUCCUCUCCCCUUUGGCUACUCCGCUGUCGUUCAGUUCUCUUGUAGUAAUUCUGCUUCUCAAUUCAUCUUGUCCUAUAUUCCUUCUAAUCCGCACCAUUGCUUCUCUAAAUACCUUGAUCAACAUAUGAUCCAAAAUGGAGAAGAAACAGAGGUCAGUUCAGUAACUGGAAACACUAAUUUAUCACAUUUUUUGUUGGGUGAAUCUCAGUUUCUGUCUACUAGGAUGGGAUAUGAAUGUUGUGCUUGUAACCAUUCUGCUAAAUUCUCUUGCUUAAGAACAAUUCCUGCUUUGGCCCCACUUGCUCAUGUUGGUAAUUCUUCUCAUUCUAGUUUUCAAGAGGUUGCUUCUAGCUUCCUAUCUGGGACUUUGGAAGAUCACAUAUUGUCCUCUAUUAAUCUUCUUAUUCAAGGAAAAGCUUCUGGGAGAGACAGUAUAAAUUAUAUGCGUCUACUUGGGAUUCCUUCAUUUGAUGAGACUAGUGUCCCAGGUUGCCUCAGGCAUCCCAACAUAGCACCUGUUCUUGGAUUACUAAAAUCACCUGGCUAUAUUAAUUUAGUGCUUCCCAAAACUCCAUAUACUUUGGAGAAUAUUCUUCAUUACAGCCCAAAUGCCUUGAAGUCAGAUUGGCAUGUGAGGUUUUUGAUGUACCAGCUGCUGUCUGCCCUUACUUACUUACAUUCAUUAGGGAUUCAUCAUGGCAGUAUAUGCCCAUCCAAUGUGAUGCUCACUCAUUCAUGCUGGGCUUGGCUGCGCAUUUGGGAUAACCCUAGGUUAGGAUGCAAUUUAAGUUUCAAACAUGGGAAAUACGGCGCUAACUAUACUCCUUCAAGGUUAGGUUGUUGCACAGAAGGUUGUUCUUCUCAAGGAUUAUAUGCUGAUUUGAAGCUUUCCCCAUCUUUAGAUUGCAAUUCUCAAUUCAAUAGAUGGUGGAGGGGAGAGCUGAGUAAUUUUGAGUAUUUGCUUUUCUUAAACAAAUUGGCUGGGAGAAGGUGGGGGGACCACACAUUUCAUCCAGUAAUGCCAUGGGUAAUAGAUUUUAGCACAAAACCCAGUGAGGACUCCGAUUCAGGGUGGCGGGAUUUAAGCAAGAGUAAAUGGCGGUUGGCAAAAGGUGAUGAGCAGUUGGAUUUCACAUAUUCAACUUCUGAAGUUCCACACCAUGUCUCAGAUGAGUGUCUAUCAGAAUUGGCUGUCUGCAGCUAUAAAGCAAGGAGGUUGCCUUUAAGUGUCCUGCGGAUGGCUGUUCGUGCUGUCUAUGAACCUAAUGAGUACCCUUCUACCAUGCAAAGACUUUAUCAAUGGACACCUGAUGAGUGCAUCCCCGAAUUUUACUGUGAUCCUCAAAUAUUUUAUUCUCAACAUUCUAGUAUGACUGAUCUGGCUGUUCCAUCAUGGGCAGGUAGUCCUGAAAAAUUCAUUAAAUUGCACCGAGAUGCUUUAGAGAGCAAUCGAGUCUCAUGUCAAAUCCAUCAUUGGAUUGACAUUACUUUUGGAUAUAAAUUGUCAGGGCAAGCAGCUGUUGCUGCAAAAAAUGUUAUGCUGUCUUCAUCAGAGCCCACAAAGCCAAGGUCAAUUGGACGCCGCCAGCUCUUUUCUCGACCACAUCCUGCACGUCGAGGAGCUAUGGAGGAAACACGUGAUAGAUUAAAACAGUCAGCUGUUUGUCACCAAGCAAAUGAAAUGGAUAAUGAGAAAUCUUGUCCUUAUAAAACUGCCUGUUUACAGGAGUUGGAAGAAGCAUCUUUAUUUUCUGAACAUGCACGACAUUUGAGUCCUCUCUAUUACCUUGAUCAAGAAAACCUUCUGAAGCAAAGCUCUUCUUUAAAAGAGGCACAAAGUGAGAAUUUGGAGAAAAGUGCAUCAAAUCCACAUGAUAUUAGCAAUUACUGUGGGUUUCCAUUUGAUGUUGAUUUUAGUUAUCUUCUUGAGCAUAUAGAAGUACAGGAUGACGAUUCCAUAGGAUAUCAAGAGUUAAUGCAUUGGAGGCAGAAAUCAUAUUUAUCAAGGACUUCCUCCAUAGAUGCUGCAAAGGACAUAUUUUCUGUGGGUUGUCUCUUAGCUGAACUUUACUUGAGGAGGCCACUGUUCGAUUCAACUUCAUUAGCCAUGUACUUGGAAAGAGGUAUUUUACCUGGAUUGAUGCAGGAACUUCCUUCUCAUGCUAAAGAAAUAAUUGAAGCUUGCAUUGAGAGGGAAUGGAUGAGGAGGCCUUCUGCCAAAAGUCUAUUGGAAUCUCCAUAUUUCCCUUCAACAGUGAAGUCUGUCUACUUGUUUACUGCCCCUCUUCAACUUAUGGUGAAAGAUGGAUCCCGACUUCAUUAUGCGGCAAAUUUUGCAAAGCAAGGAGCACUGAAAGCAAUGGGAACUCUUGCAGCUGAAAUGUGUGCUCCAUACUGUUUACCACUUGCUGUAGCUCCUUUGUCUGACUCUGAAGCUGAAUGGGCUUACAUACUGCUGAAAGAAUUCAUAAAAUGUUUGACUCCAGAAGCAGUAAAGGCAUCAGUAUUGCCUGCUAUUCAGAAGAUUCUGCAGACCACAGGUUAUUCUCAUUUGAAGGUUUCUCUUCUUCAAGACUCAUUUGUUCGAGAGAUAUGGAACCAAAUUGGUAAACAAGCAUAUCUGGAAAUAAUACAUCCUUUGGUCAUAUCAAAUCUAUACAUUUCUCCUCACAAGAGUUCAGCAGCUGCUGCUUCUGUUCUGCUUAUUUGCUCAAGUGAAGAGCUUGGUGUGCCUAUCACAGUUCAUCAGACGAUCCUGCCUCUGAUUCACUGCUUUGGCAAGGGACUAUGCCCUGAUGGAAUUGAUGUGCUGGUCAGAAUUGGUGGUCUUUUGGGAGAGACCUUUAUUGUCAGACAGAUGCUACCACUGCUUAAACAUGUUGCUCAUUCUUGUAUUGGUGUUUCUUGUAUGAAUAAGCCGGAGCCUGUGCAUAGCUGGAGUGGUUUAGCACUUAUUGAUUGUCUAUUGACAUUGGAUGGUCUGGUAGCCUUCUUACCAAGAGAAGCAGUUGUAAAAGACCUAAUUGAAGAUAAGAGUUGCCUACAUGUUCUGGCACUUAUGCAGACAAAUAUAGAGAUUACAGUGCUUCAGGUUGCUGCUACAACUUUAAUGGCAAUAUGUCAGCGGAUUGGACCAGAGCUGACAGCAGUUCAUGUCCUGCCACAACUUAAGGAGCUUUUCGAUGAGCUGGCCUUCUCACAAGAAAGUUUCAAUGGAUCUGGUUCUACUGGUAAAACCUCGAAGGUUUCAAAAUCAAAAGUUAAUGGAGAGUUUCAAAUAGAGAGUCGCAUGGAUCUUGUGUUGCUUCUGUAUCCUUCUUUUGCUUCUCUACUUGGAAUAGAGAAACUUCGUCAGAGUUGUGCUACAUGGUUGCUUCUUGAGCAAUUUCUUCUACGUUUUCACAACUGGAAGUGGGAAUAUACAGGAGAAUCAUCUCGAAGUAUAGAGAAUGUAGUUGCUAAAGUGUCUGCAUUAAGCAAGGGGUCAACAUCUGAUUACAGUCCUGCUAAACUGUUACUUAAUGGGGUCGGCUGGUCAAUUCCACAAUCACAAGGAAUCAGAGGCGCCAAAAACUUGAUGCCGCAGAGACGUUUGCCCAAUGCUCAUCAGAGUUCAGUCCAAACACAUGAAACAUCUUCAAACCAUUUUAAAAGUGAACCGUGGUUUUGGUUCCCUAGUCCAGCUGCUAGCUGGGAUGGCUCUGACCUCCUUGGACGCUUUGGGUGUCCCAAAGAUGAAUUUCCAUGGAAGAUAAGAGCAUCUGUUUUAUCCUCAGUUCGCGCACAUCAAGGGGCAUUGAGAUCUUUAGCAGUUUGCCAAGAUGAAAAUAUAGUUUUCACUGCAGGCAUUGGUCUAGGGUUCAAAGGAACUGUUCAGAAGUGGGAUUUGACAAGAAUAAAUUGUGUAUCUGGAUAUUAUGGUCAUGAGGAGGUUGUAAAUGACAUAUGUCUCUUGUCAUUGAGUGGAAAAAUAGCAUCUUGUGAUGGAACUAUACAUGUUUGGAAUAGCCAAACAGGGAAGCUGAUAUCACUAUUCUCAGAACCAUCCCCAGAUUCCCUGCAUCUUGCAACCCCUUUAUCUUCUCCAUCAAAGAUCAGCGCUGACCAUGUUGAUAUGUUGAAUUCAAACACAUUAUCAAGCGGAGUACUGACUAGUCCAUUUGAUGGAAGCUUGUACACUUGCAUGCACUAUUUAGAGCAUGUUGAAAAGCUUGUGGUGGGCACCGGAAAUGGUUCUCUUAGAUUUAUUGAUGUUUCCCAAGGACGAAAGCUUCAUUUAUGGAAGGGUGAAUUCAGUGAAUCUUCUUUUCCUUCUCUUGUCUCUUCCAUAUGCUCAUGUGGGUCUGACAGAGAGCAAAGAAAUGGAGGUUCUGCUUCAUGGAUUGCAGCUGGAUUAAGUUCUGGUCACUGUCGGUUAUUUGAUGUGAGGAGUGGGAAUGUUAUUGCCUGCUGGAGGGCUCAUGAUGGAUUUGUGACGAAGUUGGCUGCCCCAGAAGAGCAUUUACUUGUUUCCAGCUCCCUUGACAGGACUCUGAGAAUUUGGGACUUGAGGAGAAAUUUACCCACACCUAUCACUUUCAAAGGACAUGGCGAUGGAGUAUCUGCUUUCUCUGUGUGGGGGCAGGAUGUUAUUUCAAUUUCCAGAAAUAAGAUUGGACUUUCCUCAUUAGCUAAAUCUGCUGAUGAAGAUGGGCAACAUCGAAUCAUACCUCAAAAACUCUAUUCCUCGGAUAAUGGAAGCAGAAACAUGUCAGUGCUGUCCAGCAUAAGUAUAAUACCCUUCUCAAGGCUGUUUCUAGUUGGAACAGAAGAUGGUUAUCUCAGAAUCUGUUGUUAGAUGGGGGGAGAUGUUCCCUCUGAUGAAUCACCAAUCCCAUGUCAAACCAAGAGAAGGAAUGGGCUUUGCUUACUACUCUGUAAUUAUGUCUAAAUGUAUGAUUUCUUUUGAAAAUUGAAAAUUACUCUUUUUGGCAAAUUCCUGGUCUCAAUUCUCAAUAAAAAUCCCAGCUUUUUUCAGUACUAUAUAUAAAUUUAUAUAUAAAAUACAAAAAAAAAAAAACAAAAGGCUUGGAUCCUUCCUGCCCUGUCCCGCGUUUCUCUUGUGUUUUGUCUCCUUCUUAAGUGCAAAAGAAAAGUUUGGGUCCUUCGAAUACAAACGAGUUAAAAGAAAAUCAAAACUAGGAAAGGUGAUGAUGAUGAUGUCUUCUUCUGGUAAACAAUCGGAGUCUGAGGCAGCUUCGAAAGCAGGCGCUGCUUCCGUUGAAGACGGCGUUGGCGGCGUGCAAGUCACGACUUUCUCAGAGCUCGUGGAUGAUGUCACCCUCCACUUUCAGAUCAUUCACCUCCCUAAACAGAUAUUUGCAUGGAUUGGCUGUAACUCUGCUAAAUUCGGUGACUUGUAUGCCGCCGCUCCUACACGACCU